UAAAAAUAAUAAAACACCUUUUUCUGUAAAAAGACAAGGUCCCAAAGACCCAGCUAAAACUAUAUUCACACCAAUCAUCUUCAACAUCUCCUUUCUUCUCUCUAUCAAUGGAGUUUUUUCAAAAGGCCAAAGCAGUUCGUCUACGGAGCCACCACGACAAAUACCUAAUCGCCGACGAAGACGAAGAAACCGUAACUCAAGAACGUAACGGCUCAGCAGGAGCAGCUAAAUGGACCGUUGAGAUAGUCCCUGGCUCAACCAAUCUUAUCCGUCUCAAAAGCGCUUACGGCAAAUACUUAACCGCAUCUAACAAACCUUUUCUUCUCGGAGCCACAGGAAGAAAAGUCUUGCAGACUAAUCCUAGCCGUCUUGACUCGUCUUUAGCUUGGGAACCGAUCAGAGACUCUGCUUUGGUUAAGCUCAAGACUCGUUAUGGUCACUUCCUUCGUGGUAAUGGUGGUUUGCCUCCGUGGAGAAACUCUGUUACUCAUGAUAUUCCUCAUAGAUCAGCUACUCAAGAAUGGAUUCUUUGGCAUGUUGAUGUCGUUGAGAUCCUUACUGAGACUUCCGAUCACCACCACCAGCAGCCUCCGUCUCCUCUUCAUCAUUCCGAUUCACUCGAUUUCGCGCCGGGAUCUCCUUCUAGAUCUAAUCGUUUCUUUAGACAAGAGUCAACGGAUUCAGUGACGAUUGGAUCGCCGCCGAAGUCGGAAGGGAGAGUGAUAUAUUAUCAUGUAGCGGAUGAUAAUGGUGAAGUUGAAGAUGAUUCAGUUGAGGUGAUGUCGUUUACUUUCAAAGGUAAUGGUGUUGAAGAGCUGACUACGAGGUUGAAAGAAGAGAGCAAUGUUGAAGAUGUUGUUGUUUGUACUCGUAGUCCGUUGAACGGGAAGCUUUUCCCGUUGCGUCUUCAGCUCCCGCCCAAUAAUGCAGACAUGACUGUCGUCUUAGUGCCAAAAUCAUCAAAAAUAGCAGAAGAGUUCAUCAAGUAGAGAUCUCUUUCUCCUUUCAUAGUUUGAAGCUGAGCUGUGAAGUGAAGGCUAUGGCGUCUGCAAAUUGUUUGUUGUUAGUUCAGAUAAGAUUGGAUUGACUUGGAGAUACUGCUUGAUUACCAAACUUAUGAUAUAUAGAAAAUUCAUUGCAGUGAUCAAUGAUAUUCACUUACUUGACUGUUUA